AUAUAAAAUCUCUUGAUUUAAUGAAAAAGUGAAUCCUGAUCUUCUUUGUUGUUUGUUGUCUAGGAUUUUUGAUUUCCUUGUCUUUGCUUGUUCUUGUUGCUUUGAAUUUAGUAGUAAUGUAAAAAGUAAAUCAUGAUUUCUUUGUUGUUUCUGCGGAGGAUUUUUUAUUUAUUGCUUGUUCUUGUAUUUAAUUUCAGUUUGUUUCAUCAUGGUUAUGUUCUUUCAAAAUUAAUCAAUAAUAAUUAUAUUGCGUGUACGUGUAUAUUAGACAUUCAUUGAUCACAACUUUCAUUAGCUUAUAGAUAUUGUUUUGAAAAGUUCUUUGACAGUUGACUUUUUUUUGUGAACACUGUUCUCUAAACCCCCAACACCCCAAUUAUGUUUUCUGUUUCAUUAUCACUUUUCCAUUUUUCAGAAGAUAAAUCUGUCUUUAAAUGAUUACCAAACAGUUUUUCAACUUUUUUCUAUUGUUACUCUAAGCCUUUACUUGUAAUUUGAUUAGAACUAUCUCAAAUGUCUGAUUUAGAUCCAUUUUGGUUAGUCUGUAUUAUAUGUUUAGAAUUCAAAAUGAUGCACAAGAAUUGUUAGUCAUUGUGAAUUUUCUUGAUUUCGGGAUGUUAUUUACCCUAUCGACUUUGACUCUAGUGUUUUCCAGAUUUUUUGGUAAAAUUUUAUGGGUUUGCUUUAAUUAUAGCUUAUUACUUCUAGAUUCCAAAGGAACUUAGUUCUUGCCUAAGGGGAAUUUAUUUUGAAGUAGAGAAAAUUGUGAUGGAGUUCUAUGAUUGUCCGAAUAAAGCAAAUUCUAUUACAUUCUGGUCACAUAUGAUACAUGUGGUGCUUUUGUUCCUUUCACUCCAAAAAAUUCUUGUAUGUUCUAAUGUCCAGUAUUUACAUUCUCAGUUCAUCAAUUUCAAGUUGAAGAAGAAUGAGUGGGAAUCACAAUCAUUCCGGUUAUCCUGGUGGACAGUACCCUCCGCCUCCUGGGGCAUACCCUCCCCAAGGAUACCCUCCUCGGGGAUACCCUCCCCAAGGAUACCCUCCUCAGGCAUAUCCCCCUCAAGGUUACCCACAGGCUGGAUACCCUCCCCCUAGCGGUUACCGUCCAGCUGGAUAUCCUCCCCGAGGUGGAUACCCACCAUCACCAUAUCCUUCCCCAAGUGGAUAUCCACAAGUAGGUUAUCCUAGUCCAUUGGCUUCACAUCAUUCAGGGCAUGGAGGACCUGGUAUGGGAACACUGACAGCUGGGGGUGCUGCUGCUACGGCUGCUGCUUAUAGAGCUCAUCAUCUGUUACAUGGUGCUCAUCAUCCGUCACAUGGCAAGCAUCAUCUAUCACAUGGCCAUCAUCACCUGUCACAUGGCCAUCAUCACCAUGGGCACGGGAAAUUCACGGGGGGAAGUUCACUGCUUUAUUGUCAUACCAGUUUUUGUGUGUCAUACGUUACUACCAGCAUUGUUUGCCACUGCCAUUGUUUAGGCUUGCUGUGAUUUUUGUCCCUUUGUUUUUUGAACCUCAUGAAUUGUGGAUGCAAUUUGGAAGUUACAGCAUCGAGCUGCUUGGAUAUAUAAUUACAAAUUUCUUAUGUGGUUUUUCUCCACAUGUGAAUGACAUAGGUGGUGUGUAGUUCACUGGAAUGAAUGUGGAGUGGAAUAGAAUGUUUAUUCCUAAGCCUUUUUACGAAA